ACCCUGACAAAGUCUCGUCUCGUCCCACAGUCUCGUCCUCAAGGUUUGAACGAUGGCGUCAAAGGCGGAAGUUAUUUGCCUUCUCUUCAGCUGUUUCUUUGUGAUCGGAAACGCUACAUCCUGUAUUUUGGACAGUGACUGCGACAAAUGGUCGGGAGAGACUUGUUGUUCAGAUAGUGUCUGCAGACAAACCUGUUACUACUGUUACUACAGUUCCCAAUGUGGCACAGGCGAAGUGUGUUGUGAUGGCGGCGACUGUAAGUCAGUGUGCACUACUGACAUUCCAGGCUAUACAACCGUUUGGACCGGAGGUGUUAUUGCCGCCGCUAUAAUCAGCACGGUCGUGUUUUUCGCCAUCAUUAUAUCCAUUGUGGCUUGCUGUUGUUGUGCGUGUUGCCCGUGCUAUCACCAUCGUUCGCCAGGGACAGUGAUUGUGUCGCAGCCGGCAAACCAGCCGUACGUGACGACAACGCAAAUGUCGACGCAGCAGAUGCAGCAAUACCCUCCGCCAGGGAAUUACAACCAGCCCCCACUAGGCUAUGCUCAGCCUCCUCCGCCGUAUCCAAGCUAUCCGCAGCAGCCAGCCCAGUAUCCUCCACCUCAAGCACAAGGCCAACCUCCUAUGCCUCCACCAGUCAGCGUUGGUGAGCCCGUCAAGUACUAGAAUGGACCUUAGGCUGCAGUGCAGGCGUUUUUGUCGGGUGAGCAGUGUUGAAUUUUGUUCGGGUAUCUGGCGGCCAUCUUCGAAUCGUAGAACGCAGGACCUCCCCUUGUUUUCCGGGAACGAAGAUGACACCCGCCUGAUCAUACAUUCGCUCACUCGCUAAAAUACCCCUGCAAAUGCAAGUAAAUCAUAGUUUAGAAUGGUCCGAGUAAUGUUACGAUGUGAACAAGCUAGUGAACUGAUCGAAUUUGUGUUUUGUGGCGACAACUUAGUUUUUCUAAGUUUUUUAAACUUUGUAAUGCGUUUAAUUAAAAAAGUAGAUUUUCAUACUGAGUACAGUUUUAGGAAAAUUCGCAAGCUUGAUAAGUUUAAUCUUCACGUUGACUGCAAUAAUAUAAAACUGAGAAGGAUUUUUGUUGUUUUGGAGGUUAUUUUUUGCCUGGAAACCUUUACAAAUAGUGCACUAAAUAAUGUACUUUCAGCAAACUUUAGAUCAUACAUCUGGACGAAUAACAAUUUGCAUGCAUGAGGGUCAAAUAGAAUGAACGUGUUCAGUGUCACUUAGAAAGCGAAAGCAAACUUAACUGACGUUACAAAGCUUUCUAAGCGGAACAGUUCUACAGAUGUACGCUAGAAACUACCUUUGUUGAGAUCGCAAUCAUUCUUCAGCUGAAUUUAUUUAGGAUUCAAGCUGGCUUUACUCAUAAUGCAUCUGAAUUUAUUCAGGCUGUACUACUUUCAGCUUUCAAGCUGACUUUAAUUUAUUCAGCCUUUUGUCAAUUGUACCUAAGAUGAUGCAAUCGUGUAUUUCAUUAGUAUAUAUAGGGUACUCUUAUCCUCAUAAUACGAUUUUAUCUCGAUGUUUUUCGAUUUACGACGAAAUUGAAGAAAGGAGAAUAAACACGUGAAGUUCAAGUU